CCGAUGCAGUGCUGUUGUUCCGCACCGGGCGUCCUGACGUUGUCUGCUGCGAAUAGUAGUAGAAACCAAUUCAUCACGAAUGCUAGUAUAAAUGCAGCGCGCAACGGUCGCUGCCGAAUAGUCAACCGUCAGUCGUAGAACAGUGUGUACACAAAACAACGUGAGUUCCGUGCCUACUUAGAUUACCAGUGCAGUGACAAGUCACAAGUUGUCAUCAACAUUCCAACCAGCUGGAAGACAACAAAAAAAGAAAACACCCGUUAAACGGCUAUUGUUAUUUUCCGAGGAUUCUACUGGGAGCGUCCUGUCCUGCCUGAUCCGGCCGCCGUCAUCAUCAGUUUAGUGCGAGUGUUUCUACCAGUACGAACAUGUCGAAGACAUUGGAGGAAUCUCCCAAUGCCCACAUCAACAAGACCCUGCUGGACAAGUACAGCAGUUUGCCGAUGCCGGAGAGCAAAAUCAUUGCGACGUACAUCUGGAUCGACGGUACCGGAGAGAAUGUCCGCUGCAAGGACCGUACGCUAGAGUUCAUUCCGGAAAAACCGAGUGAUCUUCCCGUCUGGAACUAUGACGGUAGCUCGUGUUACCAGGCUCAAGGUCACAACUCGGACGUCUAUCUGCGCCCGGCUGCCAUCUAUCGGGAUCCGUUUCGCCGGGGAAAUAACAUUCUGGUGAUGUGCGAAACCUAUCUGUUCGAUGGCACUCCGACCGAAUCGAACAGACGCAAAACCUGCAACGAGGUGUGUGACAAAGUCGCCAGUGAGCAUCCAUGGUUUGGUAUCGAACAGGAGUAUACUCUGCUGGAUAUCGAUGGAAGACCGCUGGGUUGGCCGAAGAACGGUUUCCCCGGUCCUCAGGGACCGUACUACUGCGGAGUCGGUGCUGAUAAAGUUUACGCUCGUGACAUUGUUGAUGCUCACUAUCGGGCUUGUUUGUACGCUGGAGUCAAGAUCUGUGGUACCAAUGCUGAGGUUAUGCCGGCCCAGUGGGAAUUCCAGGUUGGUCCAUGCGAAGGAAUUUCCAUCGGAGAUGAUCUGUGGGUAGCUCGUUUCCUGUUGCACAGAAUUGCCGAAGAAUUCGGAAUUAUUGCUACCCUGGAUCCGAAACCGAUGAGUGGCGAUUGGAAUGGUGCCGGGGCGCACACCAACGUAUCAACCAAGAGUACACGGGCCGAUGGUGGCAUCGUGGAAAUCGAAAAGGCCAUUGCCAAACUAUCGAAGAAUCAUGAACGUCACAUCCGUGCGUACGACCCACGGGGAGGAAAGGACAACGAACGACGUCUGACGGGAAAGCACGAAACCAGUUCUAUCCACGAUUUUAAUGCCGGAGUGGCUAAUCGUGGAGCCUCGGUGCGUAUCCCGCGUGGCGUAGCCGACGAAGGUAAAGGCUACUUCGAGGACCGUCGACCAAGCUCCAAUUGUGAUCCGUACUGCGUCGUGGAAGCAAUUCUGAGGACAAUCUGCCUCGACGAGUAGAGGAACCACAUUCACCGAACGCGGCACUGGUGCUGCUAAUUCCCGUUCUCUGUUUUCAUUAACCUACAAACACGUUUUAGUCAGUUUAAUGAUUUUAUCUCACGAUUUGUAAUUGUUGGAGAAGAAAAAAAAAGUCGUAAUAUGUUAACCAUCAGGAACAAUUCCAAAGUAGACUUCGAAGCUGCUUUUGCAAGCAUGUGUAUUAUUCAUAAAGUUAUAGGCUUAAGCAAUCAUACGUUUAAUAAUGCUGUUCUAUUUUAUGUGUGUAACAAGUGAUUAAAUUAUUAUUAUUAAAGUA